AUGGCUCAAGUCAUGGCUCGAAUCGGGCACGCGAGCGUUCCUCGAGUUGAGCAAGCGAGGGCUCCUCCAGUCGAUCAAGAUAAUGCGCGAAGCGCGCAGGCGGAGGUAUCUGCGGGCGGUCCAGCUGAUCGAGCUACUGUAUCAACCGCGCAGGCGAAGACUUCACCAACCUACCGCGCCCUGGCGUCAACCGAGGCGAGACGGCAGAGUCUUGCGCUGGAGAAGGAGAGAUUUGAAUGGGAAAAGGCGCGUGUAGCGGAGGAGCUGGCGUACCGCAUACAAAUGGAGGAGCACAGACACCAAGAGGCUUUGCGUGUCGAGGAAAACAGGGCACGGGAUAGCUUGGCCAGGCUGCGGUUGCAGAUGGCCGAGGCGGAGAAUGAUAGGAGGAAGAUCCAUGUCAAGAAAGCGCUUAUGACUUAUCUGUCUCGUUAA